AGAAUUAAUAUGGGCCGCGGCGCGGCCCGGGCGCGGGCCGGGCAUGCAGAGACUGAAGCUUUUGGUCUGAAAUCAGAAUGGUAUACUGCCAGGCGUAUGGCUGCCGAAAUCGGUCAGAAAAGGGCAACAAAUGCAGCUUUUACCGAAUUCCCGAUCCGCAGAAGAGGCCAGAAAUCACUAAAAAAUGGGUGGCUGCACUAAAGGUAGAGAAAUUCAACAAGCCUUCCUCCAAAUUCACGAGGAGUGAUGUUGUUUGUAGCGAGCAUUUUACCGACGACUGCUUUGAAAAGAUCGUGAUAGAGUUGCCUGGGAAAGUCCCCCCAAAACGACUGAAAUUUGAUGCUGUCCCUUCAAUUUUCCUCCAUCGUGGCCCCGAGCCGAAAGCCCGGGAAAGUACGGAGAAGAGAUUGGCAAGGAUGGAAGCUCAAAAAUAUAUCCAAACAGUCUUGGCAGCACCAACCAGUGGAAAUGAUGACCAAACUUUUCAGAGUAACAUCCAAUCUACACGUACAUGCACCUCUGCUUUUGCAUCUCCUGCACCGUCUCUUUCUUGGAACAGGAAAAUAUAUGUGCCUUCAGUUUGCAAGCAAGCCACCAUGUCUCUGCCAGAGAUGGAUCAGUAUCUUUCAGAUGUUCAGGUCUAUUUCACAGCCAAGGAAUGGGCAACGUUCAGCAGUUAUGAGAGAAUUUGUAUCAAGAACAUCAAAGAAAACUAUGAGAUGGUGAACAAAGUUGGAUUACAGGUCAAUCCACCUAUGUUUAUGCAACGUCAGCAAGAAAUAAAACUAGAGAUCAAAGAGGAAAAUGAUAGCGAGGAUGAGGAAAUGAUGUUAGAACCUUCCCAUGUACCUGUCAAUGAUGAAAAGCCAGAUGACAUAAAGGAGAACAACUUACAUGAAGAGAGUCCAAAUCAUUUCACUAUUAAAGUGGAGACUGAGUAUGAUGAUGAUGGGAAUCUGCUUAAUGCUCAUGAUAUCGGAGGAGAGGGAAUCAUCGGACUAUUUGAAUGGAAGGACUAUCAUGAAGCUAUCCAGACACAAACCAAUCCAGCAUCAGGUGAUGAGAGGUCAGGGGAUCUCAGGACUCAGUCAUGUGAUCAGAGGACAGAACAAACUUUGAUAGAAGUAGCUGCAGGGGGUGACCAGACUUCCAAGCAAUCAGGUGAUCUCAGAACCCAGUCAGGUGAUCUCAACUCUCAGUCAUGUGAUCAGAAGACAGAACAAACUUUGAUAGAAGUAGCUGCAGGGGGUGACCAGACUUUCAAGCAAUCAGGUGAUCUCAGAACCCAGUCAGGUGAUCUCAACUCUCAGUCAUGUGAUCAGAAGACAGAACAAACUUUGACAGGGGGUGACCAGACUCCCAAGCAAUCAGGUGAUCUCAGAACCCAGUCAGGUGAUCUCAACUCUCAGUCAUGUGAUCAGAAGAAAGCACAAACUUUGAUAGAAGUGGCUCCAGGGGGCGACCAGACUCCAAAGCAAUCCCGCCCACCGUAUUCAAAAGUGGAGGGAAGAGAUGAUGGACAGAAUGGAACACUCUCAGAUUCUGGAAUCUACCGAUGUGAGUUCUGUGGAUCAUUAUAUGCUAUUCCUCUCAUCUUAUCAAGACAUCUCAAGUACAAACAUGGGGUUGAUGGUAUCGUCUUUCCAUCGUAUGCAUUGCAUGAAGGCUUUCUACAGAUUGUUGAUGGAGAAAUACAUGGACCUGCCUGUAAAUCGAAUGACUUUGAACUUGGUGAUAAGGAGAUUUUGAAAGAAGGAAAUGAAGUAAAUAUGACAGUUGAGUGUAAGUCACGUAUAGAUUCAUAUUUUGCAUCAUGCCAGAAAGUUAUUGACAAUGAGAAGUUCUUUGUAUGUGAUCAAUGUGGUAAGGCAUUUAGUCAAUCUUAUUAUCUCACAUUACAUAAACAAAUCCAUACAGGUGAGAAACGGUAUGUAUGUGAUCAAUGUGGUAAGGAAUUUAGUGAAAAAUUUGAGCUAAAUAUACAUAUAAAACGAAUCCAUACAGGGGAGAAGCCGUUUGUAUGUGAUGAAAGGGGUAGGGCAUUUGAUCAAGAACAUACACUCACAACACAUAAACGAAUCCAUACAGAUGUGAAUCCCUAUAUAUGUGAUCAAUGUGAUAAGGCAUUUUGUCAAUAUAGAGAUCUAACAAGACAUAAACAAAUCCACACAGGUGAGAAGCCUUAUGUUUGUGAUCAGUGUGGUAAGGCAUUCAAUCAAUCAAGUUCUCUUAGAAGACAUAAACGAGUCCAUACAGGUGAAAAGCCCUAUGUAUGUGAUCAGUGUGGUAAGGCAUUCAAUCAAUCAACUGCUCUUAGAAGACAUAAACGAGUCCAUACAGGUGAGAAGCCCUAUGUUUGUGAUCAGUGUGGUAAGGGAUUUUAUCACCAUAAUAGUCUCACAACACAUAAACAAAUCCAUACAGGUGAGAAGCCGUAUGUUUGUGAUCAGUGUGGUAAGGCAUUCAAUCAAUCAAGUGCUCUUAGAAGACAUAAUAAGCAAGUCCAUACAGGUGAGAAGCCCUAUGUGUGUGAUCAAUGUGAUAAGGCCUUUCGUCAAUCUAGUGAUCUAACAAGACAUAAACAAAUCCACACAGGUGAGAAGCCGUAUGUUUGUGAUCAGUGUGGUAAGGCAUUCAAUCAAUCAAGUGCUCUUAGAAGACAUAAACGAGUCCAUACAGGUGAGAAGCCCUAUGUAUGUGAUCAGUGUGGUAAGGGAUUUUAUCACCAUAAUAGUCUCACAACACAUAAACAAAUCCAUACAGAUGUGAAUCCCUAUGUGUGUGAUCAAUGUGAUAAGGCAUUUUGUCAAUCUAGUGAUCUAACAAGACAUAAACAAAUCCACACAGGUGAAAAUCCGUAUGAUUGUGAUCAGUGUGGUAAGGCAUUCAAUCAAUCAAGUGCUCUAGGAAGACAUAAACGAGUCCAUACAGGUGAGAAGCCGUAUGUUUGUGAUCAGUGUGGUAAGGGAUUUUAUCACCCUAAUAGUCUCACAACCCAUAAACGAAUCCAUACAGAUGUGAAUCCCUAUGUGUGUGAUCAAUGUGAUAAGGCAUUUAGUCGAUCUGAUCAUCUAGUGACACAUAAACAAAUCCAUACAGGGGAGAAGCCCUAUGUAUGUGACCAGUGUGGUAAGGCAUUCAAUCAAUCAAGUGCUCUAAGAAGACAUAAACGAGUCCAUACAGGUGAGAAGCCCUAUGUAUGUGAUCAGUGUGGUAAGGCAUUCAAUCAAGAACAUACUCUCACAACCCAUAAACAAAUCCAUACAGAUGCAAAUCCCUAUGUGUGUGAUCAAUGUGGUAAGGCAUUUAGUCGAUGUGAUCAUCUAGUUACACAUAAACAAAUCCAUACAGGGGAGAAGCCCUAUGUAUGUGAUCAGUGUGGUAAGGCAUUCAAUCAAUCAAGUGCUCUCAGAAGACAUAAACGAGUCCAUACAGAUGAGAAGCCCUAUGUAUGUGAUCAGUGUGAUAAGGCAUUCAAUCAAUCAAGUGCUCUCAGAAGACAUAAACGAGUCCAUACAGAUGAGAAGCCCUAUGUAUGUUAUCAGUGUGGUAAGGGAUUUUAUCAACCUUAUAGUCUUACAACACAUAAACUAUACCAUACAAUUGCAAAUCCCUGUGUGUGAUCAAUGUGGUAAGGCAUUUAGUCGAUCUGAUCAUCUUGUAAGACAAACAAUUCCAUGUAGG